GUUUGAUUGCCACAGCAGGAGCAGCCAUCGCUGCCUGCUAUUCUGCGGCUUAGAUUUGCCCAAUUCUUUAUGAAAGAUAAAUUUCAAGAUUUCCAAAUUGUUCUGUCAGCUGGGACUGUUUACUGAUUGUAGGCUGCAGUUUCAAGACUGUAUUUGAAGAAACUGGAUUUCUUUUUAAAUGGGAUUAUAUCAACAGCACAAAACACCACUGGGCAUUUCAUUAGCUUUACAGAGUGGUCUUAAAUAUUGUUCCUAAAAUGUCACCAUCCAUGUUGGAUGCUAACACAGUAAGAUAAUCAGGACCUUCCCCUAGAUGGGCAGUCAGUCUGAAUUAUGAGCAUCCCAAAUCAGUAUUAAUUCUCCUGCUGGAAUGGAAAGGUUGAGCAAUCAAGAAUCUUCUCAGCUGAUCAAAAACAUAACUGCUACAUUUGGUGAUCUGGGAGAAAGCACCCUGGAUCAGGGCAGCCAAACUGUUAACAUUCCUUCUCUAUGCAGAAAUCAUGGGCUUAAAAGAAAUCAAGACUACCACACUGCCCCAGAACAAUAUGGAAACAGCUGUAAUUGCUUGAAUAACAGCCUGCAAGUCCAAGCACCUGAGAAAGUGACUCUUGUGGUCGAUGGCACUAGAUUUGUGGUAAAUCCCCAGAUUUUCACUGCUCAUCCUGAUACAAUGCUGGGAAGAAUGUUUGGACCAGGACGAGAAUAUAAUUUUACUCGGCCUAAUGAGAAAGGGGAGUAUGUAAUUGCAGAAGGAAUCAGCUCCACUGUCUUCCGGACUGUGCUGGAUUAUUACAAAACUGGAAUCAUUAACUGUCCUGAGGGGAUUUCUAUUCCUGAUCUCAGAGACACGUGUGACUACCUUUGCAUCAACUUCGACUUCAACACCAUCAAGUGUCAAGAUUUAAGUGCACUAUUGCAUGAGCUUUCUAAUGAUGGGGCUCACAAGCAAUUUGAUUGCUUCCUGGAAGAGCUCAUCCUGCCUAUAAUGGUGGCUAGUGCCAAGAAAGGCGAGCGUGAAUGUCACAUUGUAGUUUUAACGGAUGAAGACACUGUGGACUGGGACGAAGACUAUCCACCGCCAGUGGGGGAGGAAUACUCUCAGAUUCUGUAUAGUUCAAAGCUCUACCGAUUCUUCAAGUACAUUGAAAACCGUGAUGUUGCAAAGACAGUUUUGAAAGAACGUGGCCUGAAAAAUAUUCGUAUUGGCAUUGAAGGUUACCCAACCUGUAAAGAGAAAGUGAAAAGGAGACCUGGAGGGCGCUCAGAAGUUAUUUAUAACUAUGUACAACGCCCAUUCAUCCAGAUGUCUUGGGAAAAGGAAGAAGGAAAGAGUCGCCAUGUUGAUUUUCAGUGUGUUAGAAGCAAAUCUCUAACAAACCUUGUUGUCAGUGAAGAUACAACAGAAGAUCAGGAGGUUAUGCUACAUCACCCUGCGCAGGUGGACGAACUCGACAGAUUAAAUGCACCAUUUUCACAAAUGAAUCCUAAUGAUCUACCAGAGUAAUACUUUGCUGAAGUGCAAAGUUCCCUCAGAUGGAUUUGGUUGAACAGUUGGAUCAGGACUAAAUAUGCAGACCAGCCCAUCACCAGUCUUCCUGCAAUUGGAUCUCUUUCAAGCAGUUCUGGUCUUGCAGUUGCUGUGCUUUCUACACGUGAACACUUCAGGCAGAGAGGACUUUUGUGCCCAGAUCAUCUGCUCAGGUCUCCAUCAAAUAGCCACCAAAGAGGAUCUGGACCAUGAGAACUGGCACUGAGGCUGAGCAUAUACUCAGAUAAUUCUUCCCAUUCACUGAACUGGAAGAAAUACAAUGUAAAUGUGUAUGCACUUUAUGUUGAACCUCAGCAGGCAUUGCAUUCAUUCAAAAUCGCCAAGUAUGAAUGACUUAACUAUUGUACUUCCACAGGAACUCAUGAAAACAAAACUGUGAGUUGGAUCCAGAAUGGCCAUAGCUUAGAUGAACAGAAGGGUGCCAGUGAAGGCUCCGUGCGGGAGGAAAGGGGCUCGGACAUUACCAUUAAUUCCUCCUAUAGGCUCCUCUGUUGCUUCUCUUUUUGCUCCAAAGCAUUCCCCAGCUCCCCAGAAAAGCUUUUCAGGAGGAUCAGGGGCUGGCGGUGCAGAGGUAGAUUGCAUAUGAAUUUUCCUGCUUCAGUAACAAAGCCUUGGCAAUUCUCCCAUCUGUAUUGUUACCUAGCUGAUAUGCAGAGGAUACCAUUCCAGGACUUUCAUGUUGCCAAAAGAAGCAGAUUUAUUCUUGCGUUACUUCCUCUUGCUCUUAAGGUAACACUGAACAUUUGAAUUGGCUCAGCAAGGACAUGUGUUACAAGGACUCGCCCUACCCAAACUGGUGUCGCCUUCAGAUGUUUUGGCCCAUUCCCUCCAUACCUGACCAUUUUAACCAUGCUGGUUCAAGAGGGUGGGAGAUGGAAGCAUGUCACAGGCACCAGCUUAGCAUACGUCAUGUGGGGAAAAUUACCUAUUUAAAUACAUCCUUGUAUGGUUAUGGGAGGCUGGUGACUAACCAAUGCAAAUAUGGACUGCAGGUGCUUUUAUUUUGAGCUUUAAAGGAACUGGUGAUGGAGCUGCACUCUAUUCUCAACAAGGGUUCCCCACCAUCAAUAGCUAUUAUAAAGAUGAAAAGAAAUGCUGAAAUGGAUAAGGCUCCCCACUGGUGUGUUACCAGCCUUUUCCAACCUGUCUCCUUCCAAAGGUUUUUGAUCUCAGCUCCCAUCAGUCACUGCCAGCAUUUUCAUUGGUAGGAGCUAUAGGCCAGAACAUCUGGAGGAAACAAGGAUGUCACUGUGUUUCUGCUAGCUAAUGCAUUUCCUACAUAGGGAUAAUACAUGCCUUUCUCCGUGAAGGGAGAAUUUUUUUGUUGGGCACCAAGUCCAGUGAGAAAUGUAUGAAAAUUGCACAGCAUGGUCUUUCUGGAUUAGAACUACCUCCAAUAUGGUUGCAGAGAGGUCAGUUCAUAAUUCUAAAAAAUAUGCUAACCUAUGUAAUGGCAAGGUGCUUUAAAAGCUUCAUGUACAGCAUACCUCCAAUUCUCUGCAAUUCAUUUGAUAUUUAACAUUCAGAUGGAGAAUGUAACUAUGGAAGAGAGGAAGUGUUCUCUCAUCCCCCUCCAAAAAAAAAAAAAGGUGUUUUGGCUUCCAGGAACAUGUGAUUUUAAAACAGGUAAUCUAGCACUAUUUUACAAUCAGCGCUCAAAAUUACAAAUACACUUAAAAAAAAAAGUGCAUGCAAGCAGUCUGUCUUGCAGUCUCAAAGACAAAUGUGGGACUGGUUGCCAUCUGUCGGGAACCACAAUGCAGGAAUCAAGCCAUCUGAUUAUGCAAUAUAUAGGAUAUAGUUUUGCUGUCAGAAAAGGCAGCAUUAUACACUCUGGGAAAAAACAACUGCUUAAGACCAAUAUUCUCUUUCACAAGCUCAUUGUCUGUCUGAUCAAGCUGUUUUAUAGCCAAGAAAAAUUAAUGGACAUUAGUAUUAACACACGACUGUAGAUAAAAUAGACUUGCAGUACAAUCCAGUACAUGUUUACUCAGAAAUAAGACUAUUUUAUUUUCAGGAAAGUACACACAAGAUUCCGGACUUAGAACUUGUGUUCCUUAAUGGAAGAGACAAAUGUUUGCUAAUAUUCUGACCUAGCUGUGAUGCAGUGAUCUUUUCACAAGAAGUGCCUACAGAAAGGAUUUUCAAAGGCAUACAGAGGGACUAGUUGUCAUCAAACAAAAUGAGGUAUUCUUCAAUUCCUUUGGUCUUUUAGAAAAUGUUCUGUUGACUAUGCCUACAUAGGCAGGCAUUAUUAUUUAAAACAGCAAACAAAGAUAUUGCAGAUGAACACUUCCAGAUGAAAGACCGAAUUCAAAGUUGGUGUAUGCUGAAUUAGCAAAAUGUGCCAAUUUCAUUUUAGCAAGACUUGUUCUCAUACAGAGGUUAAACAUUUACUUAAAGACUAAUCACCUAUACAAAGUCAAGUCAGUUUUAAAACUGGUUUGACUAGUUUUUCCUUUGCAGAAACUAGCUGUGUGGGGAUAAUGAGAAUUAUCCAUAAGAUCUCUAACUGAACCUAGAGGAAGUUAUGAAUUGCAAGGAAAAAGGCAUAGCAACAGUGUUUGCCAAAGCUACAUUGGUGUUUCAUGGGCAACUGCAUAUAAGUCAGGUAUGUCACUUAACAGAAAUACAUGUUCAGAUGUCCCAGGAUACUAUAUUACAGCAGACCCUAAUGUAUGCUCAGGAAGCACAAUAGGUCAAAUCCAGAUUUACUCAUUCAACUUUAAAAUCAAUUUUUAUGGGUAAAUUUAGUCUGGAUCCAACUAAAAAAACCACAUCUUAAAAUAGAAUUCUAAGAACAAAGACUUAAAUAUGAGUGCUUGGACAUGAGGCACUAUAAUACAAUUGGGACUACCCAGUCCAGAUAAAGUUGAGAUGACUGGUAGAUUGAAUGCAACUUUGCAGGAUUAUACUUUUUUUCUAACUUAGCUAUAGGCAGUUAUGCAGUUUUCAUAUGCUAUGAAAGUUAUUUGCAGAUGUUGCUUUCUCAAAGAAAUUGAGUGUUUUCAAAUUUAUAUUUUUUUAGCAAAAUUUACUGAAAUUUGGAGAUCUGAGCAGUGAUUACAUCAUAACUGUACUUCAUUAUCUGCCAUUGAAGUAUGAAUAUGUGUUUCAUUUUAUAUUAGUUCAAUAUUCAGUGUUCACAGGAGAUAAUUUCUGCAGUUAUAUAUCCUACAAAUGUUGUUUACAUGUUAUUUCAUAUUCUUUAUAAAAUGAUUUUAAUCUCA